AACAUAACAAUAUUGGAUAUAAUAAAUAUAGGAUAAACAAAUUCUAAUUUGUUUAAAACAUUGAUAAUACGUAAAAGAAGCAAACGUUAUUAUUUUACAAUUUGAAAGAGGUGAAUGAUUAAAACUAUAAUAAAAUUUGUUAAAAAUCAAUAUGAUCGAAGAAACACGAGUUUUUCCAACUAAUGGAUCACAAUUUAUGAUUAAAAGUCGUUUAAACUCGGCGGAAAAGAGUUAUAUGCUUUUGAAAAAAAAAUCCGAUAUUUUGUUGAUACAUUUUAAAGAAAUAUUAACGGAAUUAUUCGAAAAGAAAUCUUUAUUAAAAGAGGUUAUGAGAGAAGCUUCCUUUUCAUUGGCCGAAGUUAAUUAUGUCACUGGUAAUAUAAACAAUUUAAUAUUGCAAUCGGCAAAUAAAGCUACGAUUAAAAUAUUAACACGAAAAACGAUCAUCAUGGGUGUUAAUAUUUAUACUUAUGAAUAUUAUGAAGAAGGUUUAGAUCCUUUUCUUUAUAUUGGUUUAGCCAGAGGAAGACAACAGGUGAUGAAGGUAAAAAAUAAUUAUCGAAAAGCAUUAGAGCUUUUAAUUAAAUUAGCAUCCUUACAAUCUAGUUUUUUAACAUUGGAAAAACAUUUAAAAGUAACUCAUCGUCGUGUUAACGUACUACGUUAUAUUAUCAUUCCACGAUUAAAAUCUAUGCUGAUAUAUAUAAUCAGUGAAUUAGAUGAACGCGAGAGAGAGGAAAUUUAUAGAUUGAAAAAAGCACAAGCUGGUAGAAGGAUAGCUUUAAAAAUAAUAAAAAAAUUUUCACCGAUCCAAGAUGUAAACGUAGUAUUAGAUGAUAUUGAUCAAGAUCUACUCUUUUAAGAUCAUCUCGUAAGAUAACUUAUCGUAACGAUGGCACUCCAUUUUCAAUUUAAAUAUUUAAUAUAAAAAAAAUUUUUGCUAAAACGAAUUAUUAAUCUCGAAGAGAAGGAAUAUAUGGAAUGGUGCCGUUAUUGAAAAAAAUGAGGACGAGAGAUGAACAAAAAAAAAAAAAAAAAA